AUGGCCAAGGUUGUUCCCUGGAACGGCACAAUUACAUCUGAGCACGACAAAGCUCUCUCGUCAGGACAUGGCAUAAAUACAGGAUCGCCCCCUCAUAAGUCUGAGUCUGGUUCCAGGAGCCCUGCCAAUGUCAACCGCACUAUGACCAAGCUAGCGCUCGCCUCUCGAGCCGCGUCACAGUUCAAGUCUCCCUUUGGAGGAUCGAGCAAUCCGCAACCGCGCACCAUCAUCCUGCCGACUGCAAAGAUCCAGUCCCUCGAACGCCAAGUCACGACCCUCAGACGCGCAGUGAAGAUUAAGCGGGAUGGCGAUGAAGAGAAGCUUAAAGAGUUAACGUGGAAGUGGACUGAGGUCGGAAGAGAAGCAGCCUAUGAACUUUGGGGAGUCGUCCGAGACUUUUCCCAGGAAGAUGUAGGUGUCGACAAGCAAAAAACUGGGGAAUGGGGGUGGGGCUGGGACGAGAAGGAGAGUGGUAAGGUCAACACGGCCGAAGAGAUUCUUCAAGACGGUGGAGCGGGAUCGGGCGAAGUUGUGGAAGAAAAGGAGAAGGAAGAAGAAACAAUCGGCCUCAUGUUGAGGAGGAUCGGGAUCACGCCAGAGACGCUUGGAUGGAGCGCGGAAGUUGAAGACUUCGUGGACAACUGA